UGAAAAAAUGAACGAAUGUAUCAUAUGUGCUAUUACCAUGCCUGGAGUGUCGAUUCAUGCAAUGCCAAACUGCAGAACGCGAAUGCGUCCAUCGUGGGUUACUACAACCACCCUCCCAGUUCCAUCAUCAAAGGAGCAAUACGAACAAUUCCUCGCACCAUCCGGCAAAUUGCUGGCCCCAACCUUUGCCCCUCUACAAGUGGACCAUAUUGAAGAGAAAAAGUCGUCCCACUGAUCGAGUCAUUCCAGGCGAGAUGAUAUUCUCUAACCAAAGCCCUCUUCCGCUUCUUGGAGAUGCCACAAUGUCACAGAAAAGAUGCGGGUGCACGCCAGCACGAUGUUGGGCCACGAAAAGGGGGGUUUCCAUGAAUGACCCAGGGCUCGCAGCAUCAAUUGAGAGGUGAGCGGGCAGAUUGAGGUCAUACUUCGGUGGAUUGUAAACGUAAAAAUGGUUUAUGAUAUGGAGCUUUCCCCUCUUUUCGCGGAUAAGAAUGGAGAUAGGUUGAGAGGGAGGACUUGUGCGUUGUACAGG